AUGGACGUCCGCGGUCUGACCCUCCGCAGCAAGUCCCGUCGCCCCCAGAUCAGCGCCCCCAAGCCCAUUACCGAUCCGAACUCAGGCUCCAGCAAGACUGCCGCCCCAGCCGUCGUGCCAACGCCGCGCCCGCAGAAGAAUGGAGGAGCCACGUCGGAUCUGGUGAAGAGGAGAUACUCGGCCAAGUUCAACCAGCUGCCCAAUUUCGCGGUGGGCGAAGCCCCACCCAUCCCAAACUUGCCGGUCAAUCUGCGUACGGAGCAGGUCUCUGAACGCCCCUCGACUGCCUCUUCCUCGCAGCCUCUGCGGGUGGAACCCAAGGCACUCAAGGAUCCAGGCCUUCAAAUUGAUAGCUAUGUCACCAGUCUACUAGCAAACGCCUCGGAGCAGGACAUACAGGACUACCAAAGCAGUCUUCGAAAACUCAAGAACCGCACCUCCACUGAUCUCCAGCAAAAUGUCUACCAAAAUCGAACCCAGUUCAUAAAAAUCAGUAAAGAAGCGGAGAAGCUGAAGGACGAAAUGACGACACUUCGUGGGCUGAUGUCGGAGCUCACCACGGCACUUGGCCAAGCAAACGUCGGCCAAAAUGGAUACGGAUCUCCUGGUCUAGAUGAGUUUGCAGUUGCAAGGCGACAUGCAAACCGCAGCUCUGUCGCGAACUUGGAGAGCAUGUGGAGUACCCAGUUGCAAACGCUUUGGAAAACUGUCGAGAGAUCCCAGAAAUUCCUCCCUGCCAUUCCUGGCCGGCACAUUGUUCUUGAGUCAGGCCAGUGGGUUGAACUAGAUUCCGCAACUUGGAAGCCCAGGCGUCCCGUACAUAUUGUUCUCCUCAACGACCAUUUGCUAGUCGCCGCAAAAAAGCGCAAACGUGUGGACCCUAAUAAUCAGAAUCCUAAUAACAAGGCCCCUGCGCCUACGAAACUCGUUGCAGAGGAGUGUUGGCCUCUCCAAGAUAUUGACUUGAUUGACCUUGGCGCGAACAUGGAUGGUGAUGCAGUGGACUUUGAUGAGCUUGCCGUUCCCAAUGCAAUCAACAUCCGAUAUGGACAAAAGUCAUUCACCUAUCGGACUGACCAGCGAAACAGCAGAGCCAAGAAUGAUCUUGUAAUGACAUUCAGGAAAGCUCUGGAAGAGUUACGAAAAGGCUUACGAACAGGAGCAGAAACCACAGCAAAGUCAAAUGAAUUGGCAAAUGGUCGCCAGUCGCUUUCCAGACGCUCAGAGAUGCUCGAUGCCGAUUCUCGCGAAAAAUUAGAUAUUUUGAUCGAUGUAGAUGGCAAGCAACAAAAUAUGAAAUGGGUGGACGGCCAGCUAGACGAAUUGGAUAUUAAUAUUGCCCUUCAACAGUUUGAAGAAUCCGUCACACGCAUAGAAAAGCUUCGAAAAUUAACAAAAACGCUCCGAGGAAAUCUCACGGCUCAAGACCUCGUGAAUACGAAGACGGACUUGAGGGCGGGAAAAGUCGCAGAGAUUCUGCUUCGCGCUCUUGUGGAUACUCAUUCCUUCUUGAACGCCACGAGGAUGAACAUCAGUUGGCUGACUCGACUUGGAUUUGACGAUCGGGCCAGAGAAGCUUAUUUACGUGCAAGAACGGAUGUGAUAAAUAAACGUGCAAGGCACUGCGUUUUUGAAGGGGACCUCCCCCUCUAUAUUUUUCAAGUUUCUUUCAUCUAUUUCACGAUGAUUAAGAAUACCAUCAGCAUAUAUCAACACUGCUUUCCAUCCAACAUGACCAGCGCCUGUAUUAAAUGGGCUAAGGGCCAUCUGGAUGACUUCAACGCUACCCUGUCGAGGCAGCUGAGUAGCGUAGAGCCUGAGACACAAAUAUGGAUGAAAUGCAUGGAGAUUGUCGAUGAACAUACUGCGACAUUGUCGGAGGUUGGAGUUGAUUUCCGGAACUUGAUCCAGCUCGACGCAAACCAUCAUAAUGGGCAGUCAACGAGCCACAGCGUUGAUGGUUAA